AUGACAGUAAAACUAGAAUCCAUAUCUGGCAAAAUCCUUCAAAGUCAAGAUAGUCAGAAAGGGUUCACAGGGUUCAGGCUGGUGAACGGCAGCACACAGUGCUCGGGGAGAGUGGAGGUCCAAGUGCUCGGUGUCUGGGGCACCAUGUGUGACUCAUGCUGGGAUUUAUCUGAUGCCCACGUUCUCUGUCGUCAGCUUGAUUGUGGAUUUGCUGUGUCCACUCCACGAGGAGGGCGUUUUGGGAAAGGAACCGGGCCUGUCUGGAAAGACGCAUUCUAUUGUAAUGGGACUGAACUCCAUUUGUGGCACUGCCCAGUUAUUGCCUUGGGGGCCUCUCAAUGCUCACAUGACCAUGAUGUUAGUGUGAUUUGCUCAGGACACGAGUCUAAUCUGACCCUGUGUAACACCUCCCUGUCUGAGACAAUGCAGCCUGGUAUAGCUGAAGACGUCAGUGUUGUUUGCUCAGGAAGCAGGAGGAUCAGACUGGUGAAUGGGGCAGGUCGCUGUGCUGGGAGAGUGGAGGUGUAUUACCAGGGCUCCUGGGGGACCAUAUGUGAUGAUUCCUGGGACUUGUCUGAUGCCAAUGUGAUUUGCAGACAGCUGAGAUGUGGAUACGCCAUUGAGGCAUCUCCUUCUGCUCGAUAUGGGCAAGGCUCAGGGCAGAUCUGGCUGGACGAUGUGAAAUGCUCCGGGGAUGAGUCCGAGCUCUGGACAUGUCCUUCCAGGGGCUGGGGCCAGCACAACUGCCGACACAAAGAGGAUGCAGGAGUGCUCUGUUCAGAGUUCAUGGAUCUGAGGCUGGUGAAUGGUGGUGAAUGUGCUGGACGGCUGGAGGUUUUCUACAAUGGGACCUGGGGGAGUGUUUGCUCCAAUCGAAUGACUCAAGCCACUGUUGAAAUUAUAUGCAAACAGCUGAGCUGUGGAGCUGGAGGGGCAUUUGCAAGAGAGUUUGCAUAUGGAGAAGGUUCUGGUCCCACAUGGCUGGACAACAUUGAGUGUCAUCGUGAGCAUCACAGUUCCCUUUGGCAGUGCCCAUCAGAGCCGUGGGAUCUUCAGUCAUGUGAUACCCGGAUAGAAGAGACCCACAUUUCUUGCAGUGGUAAAAACCCAUUUGCUGCAUGCCCAAGCUCUACAAACUGCACAGACACAGAAAAGAUCCGUGUUGUGGGAGGAGAGGAUGGCUGUUCAGGGAGAGUGGAAGUUUGGCAGCGUGGCUCCUGGGGAACAGUGUGUGAUGACUCCUGGGACAUGGCAGAUGCGGAUGUUGUGUGUAAACAGCUGGGCUGUGGAGCUGCUGUGUCUGCCCUGAGUGGAGCAGCAUUCGGGGAAGGGGAUGGCCCCAUCUGGCUGGAGAAGUUGGACUGUCGAGGGACAGAGUCAUCUCUGUGGCACUGUCCUGCAAAGCACUGGGGGGACAUUAACUGCCACCAUAAAGAAGAUGCUGCUGUGAAUUGCUCUGAUGCUACAGGAAUGACAACGUCCCGUAAGGGAACAGAUCCACCUCCAACAGACAGUGGGGGAGACAUGGUGCCCAUUGUCAUCUGCAUUAUUCUGGGGGUCCUUCUCUGCUUGGUCCUUAUCAUUCUGGCUGGGCUGGUGCAAAAAGGCAGAGUGCAGCAGAAAGCAUCCAGAAAAUUCAUACAGCCCUUCUCUGAGGCUGUGUAUGAAGAGAUUGACUACAGCUCAAUGAAGGAGAAGGGGCAAUCAUUUGCUCAUUCAGAUGUUCCUGUCAUGUGUGGAGAUUCCACAGGAAAUGACUAUGAUGAUGCCAAAGAAGUUCGUGACCCUGAAGAAGUUCAUGGAUCUAGACAGAAUAAAGAGGAAGCCUCUGGGAUCUCUGAUAAAAUGUCAGGCCUGUCCUCAUCACUAUUAAUUCUCAUCUGUAUUUCAGAGGCCUCUGUACUGCCCAGAGAUGCCAACAAAGAUGGUUAUGAUGAUGCUGGAGAAAUUUCUGAUCCAGAACACAGUUCUGCUUUUCACCAGAAUGAUGAGGAAGUCAGUGAAGCCACAGAGGAAAGUGAUGGGACAAGGUAUUCACAGACAGGUUGGAGUCUGCACUCCCGAAGAAGUAGAGCUGACAGAAAAGACCCAUCCCUGCCUCCUGGGGACACAGAAUAUGAUGAUGUUGAAGAUGGUUUUGCUGAGACAUUGAUGUAA